AUGAUUUGCGCCGGCUUCGGCGCCGGCAAGCCGGGCAUGGCGGCCCACCGCAUGUCCGUGCCCGUGUCGCGGCCCGUGGCCGCGCUCGAGCCCGGGACGGGAAACCUGCCGGACGGCGCGGUCCUCGACCCGCGCGGCGCGACACCGCCGCCGCUCGCGUUGGCGCCUCGUUCCGGCAGACUCGAAGGCGCCGUCGGCCUCCUCGACAUCUCCAAGGGCGGCGGGAAGGUCUUUUUGGACGGCAUCGAGGCGUUCCUGCGAACGGCCUUCGAGGGCGUCGAAAUCCGCCGCUACGCGAAGCCGACGUUCUCGCGGAACUGCCCGGCCGGCCUCCUCGACGACGUCGCGGCCGCGUGCGCGCACGUCGUCGUCGGCCUCGCGGACUGAGGCUCCUGCGCGACGUGCGAGAUCCACGACGUCGUCGCGCUCGAGGCCCGGGGUCUGGCGUCCGUCGCCGUGCUGUCGGACGCGUUCCCGUCCAACGCGCGCGCGCAAGCCGCGCAGCUCGGGCUGCCGGCCGCGCCCGCGGUCUUCGUGGCCCACCCCAUCUCGGACCAGACCGACGCCCAGCUCCUGGCGCGCGCCGAAGCCAUCGGCCCGGCCGUCGCCGACGCGCUCACGACGGCCGCGCCCGCGAUCCCCGCGGGCGCCGAGGACGCGGCCUGCGGCGCC